AUGAUAUCGAUUUUACCGACGUAUUCCAACACAAGACUGGGACUGGCUACUGGAAUUGCGUCUUCGGGAUCUUCGAUGGGGGUCGUGGUGUAUCCUAUUGUGAUAAAGGCGCUCAUGUACAAGAUUGGGUUUUCCUGGACGACGCGGGUGUUGGGCUUGAUGGCGAUGAGCAUGCUUAUAAUUCCAGUAGUGGUGAUGAGGGAGCGGCGCAAACCUGCAGCCAGAUUACGUCGGGAUCUGAUCGACAGAUCUGCGUUUACAGACGUACCGUUUGUUAUUUUCGUACUUGCGACGAUGAUUGGGUUUAUUGGUUUGACGGUCGCCCUAUUCUAUCUUUCGCUGUCUGUGCUGGUGAAUCACCUCGCUGAUGAGGAUCUGAGCUUUAAUGUACUCUCGCUGUACAAUGCUGCGUCUGUUUUUAGUCGCAUUGCACCGAACAUCCUGUCGGACAGGGUGGGACAAUUCAAUGUUAUCACGCCGUGUGCGCUCGUCACCGGGAUACUCUUGUUCUGUUUGGCGUCUCUUCGUCCCGGGAAUGUUGGCGCAGUGAUAAGUCUCACUAUCUUGUGGGGUUUCUUUGGCGGCGUGUUUGUGGCUAUUCCUGGUGCCUGCUUUCCGCGUCUAACCAAGGGUAAGAGUAGGCUUGGUACGCGUGUUGGGAUGGGAUUCAGUGUGAUCGGCUUUGGUAUGCUCAUUGGAGGUCCUGGUGCUGGGCGGAUACUGGAUCCCAGUGCGAACUCGGACGCAGAGCUGGAUUUUGUGAGCCUAUGGAUGUUUGGAGGUGUGGUGACUGUAGUUUCUGGGUUUUUGUAUCUUCUUGUUCGACUUCUAUUGACUGGGCGGAAACUUAUGGUCAAGGCAUGA